AUGUCAGGAAGUGACUCUGAUCCAAAGUUAGAGGCUUACUCCUGCGCAAGAUGCAGGAGACUUAAAAAGAAAUGCUCGAGAGAACUACCUAUAUGUUCUCAUUGCACUCGGUCCAAGAAAGAAUGUGUCUAUCCUGGUAAAGCUCCUAGAAGGACAAAGAAACAACUUCAACUGGCUGAAGAGAGAGGUGAAUUCACGCCAAGUAAGAGACAUAAGCUAUCAGGAUCAAGAAAUGGUUCGACUUCUACGUCGAAUAGCGGUACUGGGACAAAUACAUCGCCUCGUGAUACUACAGGAACCGAGAUCAUGAAACCAAUACAUUCUUCAUCCCAACCUUUUGAUAAUGUAUCCUCGUUGAUCUCAGUCUUGUCCUCCGUGGAAAAUAAGCAAAUGAAUACACAAGGAAAUUCUGCAACAACACCACAGACAAAUGCGACCUCUCCUUCAAAUCAUGAUUCUACAGUUGACAUUAGAUCACCGGGAGUGCCUGUAACACAGUAUAUGACUCCUAUUGGCCUGCCGUUAUCACCAAACACAGCACCUGUGACACAGAAUAAUAUGCAAUUACCUGCAAUCGUACCAGGUUCCACUACGAUGGGAACAGGUGCUUCACCUAUGUCUUUACCUUUGAAACUAGAUGAAAGUAAUAAAAUGGGACUAUCACCAAAGACAAGUUCGUUAAUUUCAAACUUAUUAAGUGACCCACGUGCGACGCCUGGAUCAUUACAAGGUUCAUCUUUAGUAAACACAAACCUGACAAAUAGAACAGAUCCAUUAAACCAUGCUCUAGGAGUUAAUGGAUUUGAUGCAACAGAACCUAAUAUAGGGGCACCAUCACCUAUCCCUAGACUUGAAUCGACACCAAUCCAGGCACCAUUUUUUGAAAUCGAAACUAUUAAUUCGGUGUUUCAAGGUGGUAAAAAGCCUACUGAAUUGAAUUCCAAUGGAACAUUCAAGACUCUUGAUAGGAAUUUAAUGGAUAGAUUCAUUGCUGCAUAUUUCAGACAUAACCACAGAUUAUUUCCAAUGAUAAAUAAGAUUGAUUUCUUCAAGAGGUUAUGCAAGAUAAAAGAAUACAAUUUUGAAACUUUGGGCCAAGAUUUUGAUGAUUUAUAUAUAUUCAAACUUUAUAUGAUCCUGGCUAUUGGGUGUACAACCUUACGUAGAGCCGGUAUGCUUUUAAAAGAUGAAGAAGAAUUAAGUGAACACUUGGCAUAUUUGGCAAUGACAAAAUUUAAAGCUGUAACCCAUUUACAAAAUAUGGAUACUAUUCAAUGUCAUCUAUUAUUAGGAAUAUAUUCCUUUUUUGAACCAAAGGGUUGGUCAUCAUGGACUAUUAGUGGCAUUAUUAUGAGACUAACCAUCGGCUUAGGUUUGAAUAGAGAUCUACCACCGAAGAAGAAGUUAAGCAUGAGUGCUUCAGAUACAGAGGCUCGCUAUAGAGUGUUUUGGAGUGCUUAUUGUUUCGAGAGACUUGUGGCCACUGUCCUUGGUAGGAUAUCUGCUAUCGAUGACGAAGAUAUUACUAUUCCAUUACCACAUGCAUUAUAUGAAGGUGAAAAGGAGGAGAUUGAUGUCACGAAUACAAUGAUUAGUCUGAGAAAAAUGAGCGGGCUUAUUUAUCAAAAGGUACAUGCUGUUCGUUGUGGGAAAAUGAACUUAACCAAUGAACAAAAACAGAAAAUCAUUUCAGAUAUUAGAUUACAAUUGGAUGAAGUUUAUGAAUUCGAAAAAAACAAAAUGCAAACACAAAAUGCAAAACAUAAGGACGAUACUAUGACAGUAAUAUCAUUUCAUAGCUCCAGUAUUUGGCUAGCAAUGAGAUAUGCUCAAUUACAAAUUUUAUUAUACAGACCAUCUACUUUAAUUCCUAAACCACCUAUUGAAUCACUGUCUAUCCUUGGUGAUUUUUGCCUGAAAGCAUGGAAACAUACCUAUACACUGUACAGGAAAAAAUUAUUACCGUUAAACUGGAUCACUUUGUUUAGAACGUUAACCAUUUGUAAUACCAUUCUCUAUUGUCUAUGCCAAUGGGCAAUCGAUUUAAUUGAAAGUAAGAUCGAAAUUCAACAAAUUGUAGAGAUCCUAGAACAUUUCGGAGCCAAGUGGGUGUUCGCCAAAAAAUGUGCAGAAGUCUUCCAAGGUAUCAGUAAUUGUAUUCUGGAUAUCAGUCUAAGUGAUGGUAAAGUACCAAAUAUGGAUAAACUUACAAGGGAAUUAUUCGGUGCCAACGAUGCUUAUCAUGAUAUAUUGGAUGAAAACAAUUUAGAUAUUUCCUGGUCUGACAAAUUGGCUCUUUAA